AGGGAGACACAGAAUCUGAAACAGGCUCUGGGCUCCGAGCUGUCAGCACAGACCCCAACAUGGGGCUCGAACCCACGAACCGUGAGAUCAUGACCUGAGCCCAAGUCGGAUGCUUAACCGACUGAGCCACCCAGGCGCCCCAUACAGGGUUUUUUCUUGAACCGCUUGUGUGGGGAGGUGGUGGAUUGGCACACACCUGUGGAGGGCUGGUCGAGUCACAGCUGAGUGUGAUGAGCUUUCCAUCUUGGAAAUGGAACCUCAGUUUGCCUCUCUCUCAGCCCUCCCCAGAGAGAAAGCCCACCCGAUAUUAUUCAUUAUUCCAUAGCUAUAAAAAGGAUCAAAGUCCUGAUGCGUGCCUUGACAACGUUUUGCUAAAAGAAGCCAGACACAAAGGCCACUUACUGUAUGCAUCUGUUUUUAUGAAAUAUGGAGAAUAGACACAUCCAUAAAGAAAAGGCCGACUGGCGGCUGCCAGGGGCCGGUGGUGGCAGAGAAAGGGAGGAAUUGCUAAUGGGUAUGGGGUUCCCUUUGGGGAUGAUGAAAAUGUUCUGGAACUAAACAGUGGUGGUGGUUGCACAACAUUAUAAAUGCAUUCAAUUCCGCGGAGUUUUGCGCUUUAAAAUGGUUAAAAUGGUGAAUUUUAUGUUACGUGGAUUUUACCUCAAUCAAUAAAAUAACCGAAGAAGGAGAACCUGUCAGCCAACCCAGGGUUGAAAGAGGAGGAGGAAGUCGAAAGAGGGGGAAGCUAGCGCAUUUCUCUGAGCUUAGGUCCCUCAUCUGGACCAUGGUGGUGGUAAUUCUCCCAUCCCCCAGUGGGCAUGAGUAAUGAGCUUGAGUAAGUGUUAUAGAAAUACUUAGCACUUAUAGGCGCUCAACGUAAAUGUUAAUUGCCUUCUUUUCUGUAUAAGUAUCUAAACCUAUUUGUCCGCUUUAUACCUUUAUUUCUUACGACUCUAUGGUCUGUGAAUCUGUUCUUCAUGAGGGCUCCUCCCACUCCCUCUCCCUGCAUUUGGCAGGGAGAUCAUGACAUGAGCCAUCUGGGAUGUUGUCCUGGCUCCCGUGUUAAAGGCCAGGAUGGUCCUUAGGCCACUGCCACAGAAUCACUUAAGAGCUGCUUCUGUGGGACCCGUCGGCUGAAUCAGACUCUCAGGGGAAUCUGGGGUCUGCAUUUUUAUUUAUUUAUUUUUUAAAUGUUUAUUUAUUAUUGAGAGACAGAGAGACACAGAGCGUGAGCAGGGGAGGGGUAGAGAGAGGGGGAGACAUAGAAUUUGAAGUAGGCUCCAGGAUCUGAGCUGUCAGCACAGAGCCCGAUGUGGGGCUCAAACUCACAAACUGCGAGAUCAUGACCUGAGCCGAAGUCAGUCGCCCAACCAACUGAGCCACCCAGGCACCCCUGGGGUCUGCAUUUUUAAUAAGCGCUCCAAGUGGUGAUCACGCACAUUCAGAUUUGGGACUACUGUUUCAAUUUAUUCGGGUCUUUACCAUCUCUUCCAGGAAGUCUGUUCAGACUCCUCCCCUGAGAAGCCCUCUGAUAGCCAGAGUGCUCCUUUCCUGUGUCUGAGGCUCUGGAGGCUCUGAAUGUCUGGGUCAAAGUCAGCUUGGGUUCUGCUGGGUCUGCUCUCUCCCUGCAGACUGGGGAACGCCCAGGGACGGAUGCCUGGCCCUCUCUUUCCUCUUGUCACCCUGGUUCUUCCUGAGUGUAGGAUCUCUUGGGGUGCUGUAGGAAGCAAGACACUUCCGUUUUCAGGUCCUUUGAAUCCUGUUUCCUUUACUUUUACGGAUACUUGGGAGAAUUUAGAUUUUUUUCCCUUCCUACCAUUCUACUCCUGACUCUCCAAGAUGGUAUAGAAAUUGUAUUACUGUGUCACAUCAGCCUUUGCUUUUCCCAUCCCAUGUCAUCCCACAGGCUGUGCUAGGUGUGGGCCGGCCCCCACCCCACCCUAAGUGACCAUGGAUCCUGGAGCCGGGCCAGAGUCAUCACUGACCGUCAAUGAGCAGGUCAUCGUGAUGUCAGGCCACGAGACCAUCCGCGUGCUGGAAGUUGGAGUGGAUGCCCAGAUCUCUGCUGAGGAGGAGGGCAAAGGACUGGAGGGUGUCGCUGCCGAGGGCUCCCAGAGCAGAGGCCCGGCCGAAGCCAGUGAACCCGCUGGUGAAGCUGGGCCAGACAACCCAGACUCCUCUGCAGAGGCAACUGUGAAGUCUCUCCCGGGGAUCCCUCCGAGCCCUGCCCCUGCGGUUGCCACCUUCAGCCAAGCCCCAAGCCAGCCUCAGGCAUCGCAGACCCUGACACCACUGGCUGUACAAGCUGCCCCCCAGGUCUUGACUCAGGAAAACUUAGCCACAGUUCUGACAGGAGUUAUGGUUCCAGCAGGGGCAGUUACUCAACCUCUUCUUAUCCCCAUCAGUAUUGCAGGUCAAGUGGCUGGUCAGCAGGGGCUGGCCGUGUGGACAAUUCCUACAGCAACCGUGGCUGCCCUCCCAGGACUGACAGCUGCUUCUCCUACGGGGGGAAUUUUCAAGCCACCUUUAGCCGGUCUGCAAGCAGCUGCCGUGCUGAACGCCGCUCUCCCGACACCCGUACAAGCUGUCCCGCCGGUACAGGCCUCCUCGCCCACGCAGCCCCGGCCAGCGGCCCAGCCCCAGACGCUGUUCCAGACCCAGCCGCUGCUGCAGACCACGCCGGCCAUUCUACCGCAGCCCACCGCUGCCACCGCUACUGCCCCCGUCCCCAAGCCAGUGGACACCCCCCCACAGAUCACCGUCCAGCCUGCAGGCUUCGCACUGAGUCCAGGAAUUAUCAGUGCUGCUUCCCUCGGGGGACAGACCCAGAUCCUAGGCUCCCUCACUACCACUCCGGUCAUUGCCAACGCCAUUCCCAGCAUGCCAGGGAUCAGCAGUCAGAUCCUCACCAACGCUCAGGGACAGGUUAUUGGAGCACUUCCAUGGGUAGUGAACUCGGCUAGUGUGGCAGCCCCAGCACCAGCCCAAAGCCUGCAGGUCCAGGCUGUGACACCCCAGCUGUUGUUGAAUGCCCAGGGCCAGGUGAUCGCGACCCUGGCCAGCAGCCCCCUGCCUCCGCCCGUGGCUGUCCGGAAGGCAAGCACGCCUGAGUCCCCUGCUAAGAGUGAGGUCCAGCCCAUCCAGCCCACGCCAGCCGUGCCGCAGCCAGCGGUGGUCAUCACCAGCCCAGCCCCGGCGGCCAAGCCAUCUGCCUCUGCUCCCAUUCCAAUCACCUGCUCUGAGACCCCGACUGUCAGCCAGUUGGUAUCCAAGCCGCAUACCCCAAGUCUGGAUGAGGACGGAAUCAACUUGGAAGAGAUCCGGGAGUUUGCCAAGAACUUUAAGAUCCGGCGGCUGUCCCUGGGCCUCACACAGACUCAGGUGGGCCAGGCUCUGACUGCAACGGAAGGCCCAGCCUACAGCCAGUCAGCCAUCUGCCGGUUUGAGAAGCUGGAUAUCACACCCAAGAGUGCCCAGAAGCUGAAGCCAGUGCUGGAAAAGUGGCUGAAUGAAGCCGAACUCCGGAACCAGGAAGGGCAGCAGAACCUGAUGGAGUUCGUGGGAGGUGAGCCCUCCAAGAAACGCAAACGUCGCACCUCCUUCACCCCCCAGGCCAUAGAGGCUCUGAAUGCCUACUUCGAGAAGAACCCGCUGCCCACAGGCCAGGAGAUCACCGAGAUUGCUAAGGAGCUCAACUACGACCGGGAGGUCGUGCGCGUCUGGUUCUGCAAUCGGCGCCAGACGCUCAAGAACACCAGCAAGCUGAAUGUCUUUCAGAUCCCUUAGGGCUCCGCCCCCAGCCCUGUGUUCCAGCACUUUGUACUUUUCCCUUGGCCCCUGGCUGCAGCCACUGCCGUGACGGCACCUGUCGUUCUGCCACGUGCGGCUGCGCUUGUCCUGGGGUCGUGAGACUCCACUGUGUGCAUGUGCGUUCACUGCCUCCCUCCUCUCCUCCACGUAGCUUACAUCACGGGGAGGGCAGAGGGGGCCCACCUGAGAGCUCCAGGCUCCGGGCCGGUCACGCCAAGGGACCCUUCCAUUAAGUGGUGUCACUUAAAGAAGCACUUUGCGAAGGUGGUUUUCGAAGGGUGAAUUCUGGUUGGGAACCAGAAGCUCCCCGUCUUUGGGGCAGGGCUGCGGCAGCCCCUAAGUACCACUGACCCUUAGCUCUUGUCUUUGAUGGCAUUCUCUCUCCACCCUCCCUUCCCCUGUGCUCCUCUGUGGAAGUGUCGCAGGUGUAGCAGCUCGUGCGGAACCACAGCCUCAACUCCCGCCCUUUGCCUGCAGGCACCCUGUCCCCGAAAGGACCCAAGGGGCACAGUUCCGAAAAGUGUGACGAGCUGCUCAGCAGGUCAGGCUCAGUGUCUGCCUUGCCCUCGAGGUCAGAAGGCUCUCGCAGCCCUGGGGCCAGAACAUGUGAUCCCUGCUUCCUUUGGGGGGAAAUUGCACUAAAGCAGAACCUGUUCAUUUGUGACCCAGGUUGGAAGGAAGCAGCUUUGAACUCUGGCCGUCCUGGAGUUGACCUGGGUCUACGGCAGGUUGGGAACUUAAUAGAUGAACCCAUCCUUCCAGAUUUUAAUCUAAACUCUGCCUGUGGCUCUCUCCCUCACUAGACAGUGAGGGUUAAAGAACCGGCAGUCUGGAAAAUCCCACUGCCCAAGCUCGCAGCACCCCGAAGAGAAAUGAAAGGAAUGCUGACUCUCUCUUUCUCUUGUCCUCCCACUCACCCCUAACCCAGUGCUGGGCCUUGUCAGAGGGGCACACAAAACCCUAAACCAGACAGCAAGGCCCUGGGGAAAAGGCCACCAUCCAGGAAGAAUGGAUGGCAGCCCAAGAAAGUCUCUUGUGGAAGGUGACUUAACUCUAAUUUUCUUGGUGACUUUGAGCCUUGGAUACUGGAGGAGAAAUCUUGUUUUGUCUGGAGUCUUACACCAUGUGUUUGUGCAAACAGUCCUCCCCACCCCUGCCUGCUGGAGCUCCUCUGAGUCAAGAAUACCCCCGAAGCAGGACGGGUCUUGCCUACAGAGAGGACAAAAAUGGCACACUGAAGACGGGCACCCCAUCCAAGCUGCUCAGUGAGUUUCCCAGCCUCGCUGUGGCUGGACGGCCCCUGGAACUCAGUAUGUUACUCCAGGAGGUCGGGCGAGCACUAAGAGGUGUGCUUAGGUGAACCUAGACUCACCGUGUAGACCGUGUCCAAGGGCCACAAGUCACAGAGGCAGAUCAGCAGCUGCCCUCCACGGCACCUCACAGGAUCUACCCUGACAAAAUGGCUGCCAGGCAAGGGCACAGCCCUACCCCACUGGUCACCGGCACAGAGUCCCCUCCUGGUCUAGCUUCCUCUGGCUUGUGGUGUUCCCUUUCCUGCCUACAGCUGGUCCCUGUCAGGCCCUACAAUGCCAGAGUGGCCACCCUCUUGGCGGCCCUGCCAGUGAGAGGACGGUCGUGUGUCAGAUUUUCCCCAAAACCCCUACGUACGCACACACUCCUGCCCCAGUGCGUUCGGACUGCCCCAACUUUCCAGAGUGUGGUGGGAACGAGGAAGCAGGCGGGCACCCUGCCUGCCCCAAGCCUCCUGGGAGAGGAUACAUCUCCAAGGGGGAGGCUUCACGUUCAAGUUUAGGGUUAUCCGCCUGUGUCAACGAGAUGAGGGGCUCACUCGGGCGGGCAUCGUAAACAAGUUUUCAGUAAGAAGACCCAGGGUGCUGGCGUCUGUGAAGGAUUCAGUGACUUACACGUCAAUAAAUGAGAGAGGUAGGCUUGCACCCACAAACACUUGUGUUCAGAUAGGCUUUCUUUUUUUGAGAGAGACAAGUGGGUCACAGCUGGAGCCCUGGGAGUAGCAUAUAAUCCAGGGUGUGUCCGUGGCAGUAGAUAUGCAGGAGAAUACCAUCUGUCCUGGUCUGUGAAAAGAAGAUAAUGAAGUCCUGGUCUAAAUCAGGCCUGGCCACGCUUUCUCAGCUCCUCCCUUGUCUAAAUCUGUCUUCCCGGGGCUGGGUUAGAACGACACCAUUUUCUCCUCUGUGGGAAGGAUGAGUAGGUCUUUCGGAGGAAGGAUACCAGGGGCAGAAUUUUUGCAGGCUGAAGUCCCCAGGCACGGGGUGCAGAGUGUCCCUGAAGUGUACCCAAGGCAGAGCUCACAGGCCUGCUGUCUCUGCUCGAGCUCCCCCCCCCCCCCACUGUAGAGCCCUUGGGGAACAGCCAUUUCCACCCGAGGUGGGUUUUCUGUUUUGCUUCUGAUAGCAUCAGGUUCUGAGGGGUGUCGAUAUGAAUUUUGUUUUGAAAGCACCUUUCUGGACAUAACCCAGAGCUUAGUGGCUCCUUUGCCAUGGAAAGGCAGGAGAAAGGGCAGAAGUGAUUUAACUGUCUGUGUGUGGCAUUGUUUGUUUUGUUUUAAAAUGAGAGAAGACCAAAAUUUCUAUGGCCUGGUGAGUCAGCUGGGGUCUGUGACCCUGCACUAUCCAUAGCAUUUUAUCUAGCGGGGGCCCGGGAAAGAAUUUGGCCAAAUGGACUGAGGAACACACUUGAAUUUGGAAUGAGAGUCCCUGACGUUUUUGUGUCCUUGGAAACCCAAUCACCUUCCUAUGCCUAGAUUCGCUUCCUGUCUCAUAAGCCAGGCUCUGACGCUGAGGUUCUGACUAUUCCCUGACAUGGGGCAAAGCCUGCUGAGGGCUGGAGUGAGGGGUGGGGAGGGGAAAAUGGGGAUGUAGUUGUGUGGAAUAAACAGUAUUUUUCU